AUGCCGCCCGCACGAACAAGAAAGCGCAAGUCGGAAGACUCAGUCGCUGAUGAAAACAACGCGCCCGGAACUGGGGCAGGCGAAAAGAUCCCGACAAAGACAGGCAGCCCCGUAAGGACGCCGACUGGCCAAGGUCCCGCGAAGAGGAGGAAACUCGGCAUCACCAUGGCUCAAAAGCAGGCCUUGAUUGACAACCUGCAACUCGAGAUCACCGAACGUGCGAGGAAGCUUCGCGCCCAGUAUAACCUCCAAGCGCAGGGUCUGCGGACGCGCGUCGAAAUACGCGUCAACCGCAUCCCGAUGGCGCUGCGCAAGGCGAAGAUGGGCGACUUGGUAGCGAAAUACACGGGCGGAGGUAGCUCGGCAAUACACCACGCGUCAAGCCGAUCUGCGGCGGCGGCUUGUCAGCGCCCGCCGCCAGUCCCCGAAAAGGAUGUUGCACCUAAGCGACCCAUGUCACAAGCAUCUACAACAGCUGGGAACGCGUCAAGGGGUCCAGGCAGGCCACAAAAGCGGCUCAGUCAAUUUAGCAAUGAAAUGGCUGGCUUCAACAAGGAGAACGUCGACGCAAAUAGUCCUAAAAAGCGCGUCCGUGCCUCACCAGCCCCUGACAUCGCCCACAACCCAUCACAAGUCCUCUCUCCCACAUCAUCCAACACGCGCAUCGUGCCGCGCAAGCGUGCACCUCCUGGUUCAUCAACAACAGCAGAACAGCAACCGCCCCGUCCGGCAUCGCCAGCAAAAUCCUUCAUCGCCCGUCCAGCAUCUCCCGUCAAGAAGCCGUCCCACAACAAUUUGCUUAGCAACAUGGUCGAGAAAGCUCGAUCGACGCGGGCAGCCGCCACGCGCAAGACCACCACCUCAUCCACUGCCAGCUCUGCUGCCGGUGGUGGGACAACCAGGACCAGGAAGGCCGCUGCCGCGACCACGGCCACAGCAGCGUCGCGUGCCGCCGCGGCGCCAUCCAGGACUGCGCGGAGAAUUAGUGGUAUCAGCGAGUCUAGCGAUGGGAGCACUGCGACCGUGGUCAGGAAGAGGCCCACUACUACCGCUUCGCAGGCGUCGACUAGGACGGCGGCUCCUGCGCCGGCCAAGCGAACUGUGAUGGGAACCAUCAGGAAAGGCGUUGCCGGUGCAACGACACGCAAGGCUCCCGCCGCCAAGGCAGCCGCUCCGGCACCAACCACUAGUACCGGCCGUGUGCUACGAAAGCGGACAUAA